UCCCACUAGCGCCCGGGAAACGAAACCGGCCCCGCCCGCCUGUCAGGGGCGAGAGGCCAGAUCUCGCGAGGCCUGCUCUGUCUCGCGAUCUCUGGGUUGAGCCUGCCGCUGCCUUGGCUACCAAGCUCCUCAGGUGGCGGCGUCUGCAGUCGGGCUACGGAGGCCGGGUGGCCGGGUUGCGGGGCACUGAUCACCUUCCUGCUUCCUGGCCGUUGGACUUUUCCUGCCGGCAGUGGUGUUGUUAGCAGCUUCGCCUCCCUGCUCCCGCUGAUCCGUGUGCCCCCACUGCUUCCAUUGCUUGUUACCACAGGAGCUGUGAAAGUCGAAGCUGGGUUUUAACACCCAGGCCGGUGAAACAAUCCUGUAUUAGGCACCCAGAAGGAAAGAAUUUAAGAAGCUUGUGGAAUAAUAUGGCCAGAGUAAUUUAGAAUCUGCAGGAAGUCCCUCAAGAUAAUUGGAAGAGAAGAAUUUAUAGAUCCUUCAUCAAGAGCUUCAUUUACACAGCUGUGAGAUCCAAGACGACAGUGGUGGUGAAAAGCAUGAAUAAAUAUACAUCUGCUGUAGUAUCAUCCGGUCUGCUUGAAAAGGACCCUGCCUUUCAGAUGAUUACAGUCACCAAGGAAACAGGCCUUGGUCUGAAGAUCCUAGGAGGAAUUAACCGGAAUGAAGGUCCCUUGGUAUAUAUCCAGGAAAUCAUUCCUGGAGGAGACUGUUAUAAGGAUGGACGUUUGAAACCAGGAGAUCAACUUGUCUCAAUAAACAAGGAGUCUAUGAUUGGUGUAUCAUUUGAAGAAGCGAAAAGCAUAAUUACCAGAGCCAAAUUGAGAUCAGAAUCUGCCUGGGAGAUAGCAUUCAUCAGACAAAAAUCUGACAGCAGUCAUUUAGAAAAUCCAUCGUGUACAUCCCUCUUAAAAGCUACAGGAGAAUAUGGAAGUCUUCUUUCUUCUCCCUCUGAAUUACUGGUUCCAAAGACAUCAUCCACUCCCAAAUCUACAGAUGCCAUUUUGCCUUCCUUCCAGAUAAAUCAGAUAAAAACUGGUUGUAAGAAAACAGAACAGACUCCAGUUACUUCUUCAGACAACAGCCCUACAGAUAAGUCUAACGCAGUUCUGGAGGCUGGCAGUCUAGGAUCAUGGUGCCAGCACGAUCCGAGUGACUACCUUCUUGUGGUUGCAGACUUCCCACUGUGCCCUCACGCUCUAAAUUAUCUUGGUAUUCAGCCCACGAAGGAACAGCAGCAAACCCUGAGACAGCAGGUGCAAGCAGACCCAAAGGGGACCGUGUCUUUUGGAGAUUUUGUCCAGGUUGCCAGAAACUUGUUUUGCUUGCAGUUGGAUGAAGUAAAUGUCGGCGCACGUGAAAUUUCCAACAUAUUAGAUUCACAGCUUCUUCCCUGUGGUUCCUUAGAAGCAGAUGAAAUGGAAAGGCUUAAGCGUGAAAGAAAUGAUGCCUUAGGAGAAGUGAAUACACUUAAGGAAAAGUUAUUUGAAUCAGAAAGACAAAGGAAACAGUUGGCAGAAGAACUCCAGAAUGUGAAACAAGAAGCCAAAGCUGUAGUCGAAGAAACAAGAGCCCUGCGCAGUCGGAUUCAUCUCGCCGAAGCUGCACAGAGACAGGCGCACGGAAUGGAAAUGGACUAUGAAGAAGUGAUCCGUCUGCUGGAGACUGAGAUUACAGAGCUAAAGGCUCAGCUUGCUGAUUAUUCUGACCAAAAUAAAGAAAGUGUUCAGGAGCUAAGAAAGAGAAUCACAGUACUUGACUGCCAGUUGAGAAAAUCGGAAACGGCUCGGAAAACUUUUGAGGCAUCCACUGAAAAGCUUCUUCACUUUGUAGAGGCUAUUCAAGAAGUACUUUCUGAUAAUUCUUCUCCUCUGUCAAAUUUAAGUGAAAGAAGAGCUAUGUUAGCUUCCCAGAUGUCCCUCACACCGCUGGGAAGGAAUGCACGGAACAUCCCAGCAACACUGGCCCUUGAGUCUAAGGAACUUGUUAAAUCUGUCCGUGCCAUCCUCGACAUGGAUUGUCUACCUUACGGGUGGGAGGAAGCUUACACAGCAGAUGGAAUCAAGUACUUCAUCAAUCACGUCACACAGACCACUUCCUGGAUGCAUCCCGUGAUGAGCACGCUGAACCUGUCCUGCUCGGAGGAGCACGAGGAGGACUGCUCCGGAGAGCUUCCCGACCAGAAGAGCUGAUGGUUUUCCGUGGGGAGCAGGGGCUCCGUGGUCCCCUGGUGUCCCCGUCUGCGUGGAUGACCCUGGGACGCAGCAUCUAAGUAGGAAUAAAACACACACAACCAAACGAAGUUGCAAAAUGGAAACUCUGGACUUAGGCUGUUUUUGUAAAACGUGUUGAUAUAACUAUGCAUUUACAAAACUGACUUCCUACUAGUAUAGAAGUUCUUUAAGAAUAAUCUCAUCAUGUUUUUUGAAAUCAUAUGUAGAUUUUAUAAUAUGUAUAAUUUUUUCAUGUGUAAUUAGAUCUUUGUAAUUUUAUAUAUAAUUCUGUGUGGAAUAUCAGAUAUGAUGGUUUUUGUCAUUGAGACAUAAGGAAAAAUUAUGUGAACAUAGUGAAACAUUUCAUUUACUUGAUAAUUCGCUAACCUUUUAUAUGCGUAUCUUAGGAAAGUGAUUUAUAAAUGCAGGCUUUUUGGGGGUUGGUUCUUAAGGAUCACAUUUAGACAACUAUCUCACAGGCCACUGAACAUUGCUUACGUCUCGAUGGGGCUUUCUAAUUUACGAAAUGCUUUUCAGACCCUGUUUUAUUUAAACCAAAUGGCAUGCCUGUGAGGCAGGGCCAGUGGGUGUUUUCCAGUUAGGGAAAUAGCGGUUCAGAGGAAUGAAGCACCCUAUCCCGGAGCUGAAGCUGACACCCACGUCUUCCGACUGAUUCCGUGUCCUGGUCCAGUUCCCUUUGCCUGGCACCCUGCUGCCCCUGCAGAGGCAGGUCACCCGACACGCAGCGCCCUGUGGCUCUGUUGAUGCAGCUGAGCUCUGCAGCUGUGCGCUCAGGGGACCACAGAGACCCAGGGGACCCCCCCUUCAGUCAGACGUGGCCCCCACCUAACCCCACGAUUCUCCUCUAAACCCUUCCCCCUACUUCACUCCCAAACACUCACCAAGCAGGGGCACAGCUUUGUGAUAUCAUUUCAACAGGCUUCUUUCAGCAGCUUACGUUUUUCUAAAGCGAAGGGACUGCCUCCCAUCAGGAAUUUGUCCUUGCCAGAGGGAGCAUUUGAGGAGAGGAGAGGAGGGGCAUCUCUGCUAUCAAAAGACACAUCCUUGAACUCCUCUGCCGUGCAUUCAGGACUGACCUCCUCAUUGCUGAUGUCACCCUCCAGGCUGAUUAUGCUUUUGAUCUUAUUUUAUUGUAUCACAAGGAUGCUACAGGACAGUUUCUGGAAGGGAUGAGCCAUUAACCUGGAGUGCUAAAGAUAUUCUCCCAGUUUAAUGAUUUAAACCUGGGGCUGGGGAAUGAGGGGGGUGGAGUGGGGAGGAAGUCAUUUUAAAUGUCCUGAGCAUUAAGUAGAAGUGAAUAAUAAAAAGGAACUUAUUUAUAUCUAAUAUUAUAUUGUUAGGUAAUAUACUUAGGAAGAAAGUGAGCAAGAAUCAUUAAUAAAUCAGAAUGCUCUGUUGCCAAACCAUGCCUGAUAACACAGAGAAGCUACUAUCUGUCAUUCUGGCCUCUUCCAGUCUCUUGUCCCCUCUCCCCACCACCACAGCCACCACUCCUCCCCCUCCCCUCUCUCCUCCCCCUUUCCCUCCCCUCUCUCCUCCCCCUUCCCCCAUCUCCUUCUCUCUGGCUCUCUCCCUCCCCAUCUCUGAAAUACAGGUAGGAACUCAGAAGCCUUGAGGAUUGCCUGAUUCCAUGAUUUUCAAACAUCCUUUGGUGAAAAAGACUCAUUUUUCAAAUGAAUUCUUAGAGCAGAAUCUCAAAAUAUGCAGCCGACUUUCUUUUUAAUAUCACUGUUCUGCUUAAAGCAAGAUGGAGGCCUGGAGCCUAAUUAAAGCAGCCCCCAGCACUGCUGUGCAAACCUGGGGCUCCUUGGAGCAGAAUGUCAGAAUCGUCAGUUGUAACCAUUUUAUAGAUGCAUAAACUGAGAUCCUAAGAGUUCACAUAGUGAGUUAAUGACCAGGUCAAAAUUAGACCCAGAUUCUGAGUCUCCUAGUCUGCUAAAUUUCAUAUGGUAUAUUAUAUAGGUCUAUAGUGUAAGUGUAUGUAUACAUUGUACCACACAUUCCUGAAUACAUGCAAAAUUUGUAAUUUAUGUCUUGAAUAAUAACAUAAAGUCAAAUCCAGGCUGGUAGGAGGUCAUUAGCCCUGAGAACAGUCUCAGACUGUCUGGAGAAGACUUGUGUCUCACCUGACAGCUAUUUGGAUAUGAGGAAGCUUGAGGGAGACACGUUUUGAGAGAACGCCCUAGGGGAGCUCUUCCCUUGUGACCCCCGGAGGUGAGCCAGAUUCUCAAACACCUGAGGUUACUUUUACAAGUUAGUGUCUGUAAUUGUGAAAGUACAGACCUUUUUGUUGUUGCCAAAUCAAUGGUAUGAAAUGCCCCCUCCUCCGCUGGGAGUGUUUUUGGAUUUGUUUCCAGUGAGGAAAGCCCAGGAGAUGCUAGAGUCACUUGGCCUCAGGGACCUCAGGACGCACUUCGCGGCCAGACACCUCUUGUGUUAACUUUGCUCUUUUGUGCCCCUUUCCUCCCUGCUUCCCGAUGGAAGAGGCCUAUAAAAAUUGUAAUGGUAAUAUUUAUUGGGCAUUUUGUGCCAUCCAUUGUGAGGGGCAAUUUGCAUGUAUUAUCUCAUUAUCUUCUCAAAAACAACCCCACAAGGUAGAAACUAUGAUCAUCCCCAUUUUGUAAAGAAGUUUAGGAUUGGAGAGAGUUGCUAGCCUUUGCCUCAGGGUCGCACAGCACCUACAUGUGGAAGUUGGGGCUCAAGGCAGGUCUCAGAGCCCAUUUCUUCGAAACCGUUGUGCAGAGCUGCAUAGAACCAAGGUGUGUGACCCCGGCAGCAGAGCUGGAUCCUGGGGUCUCAAUUUUACAAAAAAGGCAGAUUCCAGCUCAGUGCAAUAAGGCAUCUUCCAGUCGCUGAACACAUCGGGAAAGAAUUCCUCAGGAAGCAGGGGAGGCACUGUCGCAGGAAGUGUUCAGGCAGCCUGAACUCAUGACAGGAAUGUCACUGCGGAGGUUCAGGGUCUGAACUGGCUGGACCAUAUGAGAACUGUCUGAAAUUUCUUCCUCUUUAUGCGUCCGAGACCCCUGAACCAACAGAUAAAUGCCCCAAGAGACACUCAAAGAAAAUAUGGUGGGAACUCAUUAAGAAUCCUUAUUAAUGCAAGUAGAACCCCCAAAUUAUUUCGGGGUGAGAUAGCAUUUAGAUAGCCUAUCUUUCUUGAAGUCAGCCCUUUGAUGUGGUCAUUGUAAACUCGCCUCCAUUGACCCACUGACUCUGAUUUUGGAGUUAGAAACUGUCAAUGUUCUUAGGUGCUUGCUUCCAUCUUGAUACACUUUACCAAAGUGACCGGGGGCAGCCUUCCUUACUUCUUUAUUCUCAGAAUAUUGACUGGGCACCAACUGUGUGCCAAGCAUGGCGCUAGGCCCGGUGGUGAAGCAGGGCAUUAGCUAACUAUUCCCUGGGGUCUGCUUACUGCUGGUUAGAAAGUUAAAAGCUUCCCAGACGGCCAGAAUUGAAUAGCUUCUCUUUAAUGUUUGAAUUUUAGAAAUAAUCCAUUUCCGUUAAAAAAACAAGUAGUACAGAACUGAACAUAAAGCUAAAACAUAGCCCAUCUCACUUUCCAGAGGUAGCCAUCACUAAUAUUUUGAUGAGUGUUUUUACUCAAAGGAAAUCACACUGUGAAUCAUCUUUCGUUUGACUUACUGUGGUCAUUUUUUUUUUCAUGGCAAUAGAUAAUAUUGUAUUUCAAAUGUCAGUAUAAAAUAUCCCUUCCAGAUAACUCAUAAUUCCUGUAGCCAGCAAGCUAUCAAUGAAGAGGCUGUUUUUAAGUUAUCUUCUGUUACUAACAAUGCCACAGUGAACAUUCUCAUAGUCAUUCAAUGCUUCUCCUCAUAUAUCAAUGCACUCUUGUGUCAGUAGGUCUGUAAUGGAAAUCUAGUCCUAAAAGUAAAUCAUGACAUCAAAGGUACGUUCUUUUUAAUUUUGGUAGAUGUUCAUAAAUCCUCCUCCAUAAAAACAGGACUGAUUUACACUACCACCAGUAGUGUAAGAGAGCUUUUUUCCCCUAUGUAUUAUAGGACUUGUUUUAGUCCAAAGAUUUCCAAUAACUUUUCUGAUUUUUUUUGUCCUUAGAAGAAUAAUUCUUUCCAACCCUGUAUCCGUUCAUCAUUAGUUAUUAGUUGUCCUUAGCAGGCACUAGUUCACGGUAUGUCAAACACAUCAGGACCAUCAUCUUUUUAUUUGAAAGUAUUGGCCUUUCCUACUCUGUAUAUAAUGGUGGUGAGGACUGACUUAAAUGAGCUCCCUUGGGUGAGAGGCCUUGGUGAAGUGCAAAGCACAAUACCAAAGCACUCUGAGCCUUGGCUUUCCCAUCUGAACGGGGAGGAUAGUAACCCCCUGACUCUUCCCAGAUCAGUUCAGCUCAGCAGCCAUGCCGGAGCACCUGCCCAAUGCCAGACAACACGCAGGGUCUGGAAGACACCCCUCCGAAUAGCUCUGAGUCCCAAAUAGGAAGCUCUCAAUCUAAAAGCUUUUUUCCUGUCUUUUCUUUUUUCUCAAAAACCUUUUAUUUUUUCCUUAAAGGAGUAAGAAGCAAGGAGUUUGUUGAAUAAAAAAAAAACCCUAAAGAGAAGCCCUUUCUCACUCUCUUAAAUUUGAAUAAUUCCAAAAUAAUAAUAGCACCCCUUGACUAGAAAUGAAAGGAGAGGCACAUACUGUGUGAAGGGCCUCUCCAAUAAUAAAUGCUAAGCAGCUGGAAAAAUACAGAGUCAAGUGAUACUUUCACAAAGCGUUUGCAAAAUUAGAAAAUAUUGUCCUUUUUCGAGGGGGAAAUGGACAUUUUUAUUUUCUCUGUUAAGUAAAACGCAGCUAUUUCAAAGGUCAACAAACUUGAAUUUUGCAAUAUACCGAACAAAAAGAACUAAGCUAACAUUAAAACCACUUGCAUACUCUGUCGCAUAGAAAUUUUGAGAGGAUGAGAAGAACUUGAAAUAGAAUACGCCUGUGGAACUUCACUUUGGAAAUAAAAAACCCAAGAUGUUUUAACCAAAGCUCACAUGAAAUAUCAUUGUGCCUGCGUGACGAUUAUGUAAACAUUAAAUGCAAUUUUGUACGUA